AUGCGUGAACUCGAACUCCUCACCCCAGAGCUGUUCCUGGACAUAACAGACCACCUCUCCUCUUCAGACCUCAACAACCUCGCCCGAACAUGCCGCCUCGCCUACAACAAAGUCGACUGCUGGCUGUACUUCCGCUUCGCUAAGGAAAUGUACACAUGGGUCGCAAACACCGGCAACGAAGCCACUUUGCACAAAGCCCUCAGCCACAACGCCCCCUUCACCGACGACCAGCUGCUCUUCGGCAUGCUCAGCAAAGUCAACGAGCGCCACCGCCCGCACGGCAUCCGCAUCGCGACCCUCCUGAUCUCCGCACAGACUAGCGGCACCAACAUCGGCAUCGACAUCGAGUGGACGAGCUGGUACGGCCACACUCUGCUCCAGAACGCCGUGCACGAGAAUAUCCCCUCCCUCGUGAAGAUGCUGCUUGAUGCCGGCGCCAACACGGGCCCCUUCACGCCGAGCCUGGAGGACAUCCAGCCGUUCGGGUACGAUGACUCGUUGCUCAGAUACGCCGCGUCCAAGGGGUCCGCCGAGGUCCUGCAGCUCCUGCUUGACAGCAAGCGCGCAGGGAACAUCGACCAGGGCGCCCUGACGGCGCACCUCACCCCUCUAGCAAAGGCAAUCGAGAGCGGAUCCGUAGACUGCGCAGAGCGCCUCCUCAACGCCGGCGCAGACCCCAACAUCCUCCUCUUCAACAACGAGAGCCCGCUGUGUCUCGCAGCACGCACGCCCAGUCUGCUCGGGCGGCCCCAGAUCCGCAGCACAAUGAUCAACCUCCUCCUGCACCGCAACGCCAGCGCCACAAACCCAGCAUCCAACCCUCCUCUCCGGUGCGCAGUCCUAGCAGGCCACACCGAAGCCGUGACAACCCUCCUCUCCGCCCCGCAAACGGACGUGAACUACACCACCAUGCCCGAAACCUCAACCGCCCUAACAGACGCGAUCAAGGCAAACCAAACACCCAUCGCCCUCCUCCUGCUCGAGAAAUGCCCCGCCCUAAACGUCAACAAAGGGCAGCCCCUCGCCCUCGCAAUCCGCCGCCUCCAAGUCCCUGUCGCGCGCGCAAUCCGUCGCACGCGCCGUCUAUCUCAUGCGUCAUACAUGCGCGGUCUAGCGCAGGCGAUUGCGCUGCGGAAGCUCGCGACGAAUUCGAUGAUCUGGACCAUGACGUGUGAGAUGGUUUCGCGGCGCGGGAGCUGGAUGGAGGCCAAGGCGGAGCUGGAGACUUUGUAUCGGCUUGCGACGGCGGCGAGAAAUCCGUCCGCGCUGGUGUAUUUGGGGAAGUGGGUGGGGAAUCGGCGGAUGUGUUUGUAUAUGCAGGGGGCUUUUCAGAGGGGGGAUUAUCCGAGGGAUUAG